AUGAGCCACAUAAAGUUUUUUAAGUAUUUCUCGGAAAAGAAUAGGCAGAACAACAACGCUCCCCCGGAAAACUCCUGCGGUAUGUCAUUUCACAAAAAGAGGUUCCGAAAAUAUUUAAACUUUUUAAUCAACAGAAAUAAGGGGAAAAGCAAAAAAAUAAUUACCCAUAGGAAGAGCAACGUGGAAAAGGAAGAGCAACAGGAGGGAGAAAAAAAUGGCUGCAUCGCCUCAAUUGAAAGCAACAGUGCGCAACAAAAAUUCAUCCAAAUGGACAAAAAUGGAAAACACGCAAGUAAUGCAAAAAAUGCGAACAUUUUAAAAAAGAAAAAUUUUAAUGACAAUUUCACACCAAGUAAAAAUUUAAAAAUGAGUAGACACAGCAAUUGCCUUAUGAACAAAGGACGGGCACGCCAUUCUAUAGAGUGGACGAAAUUAUUUAAACUAAACUAUGACUAUCACAACAAAAGAAGGGGGUAUUUAUUCAAGAUUCCAUUUUUAAAGAGAAAUAAUUGCCAAAAUGAGGAAAUGGAGGAUUUUAUGCAAAUGAACACUACUGCAGGGCUUGAAUUUUCAACGGAUGCCCAAAUGAACAAUUAUAAAAAUCAGGUAGACAAAUAUGCCAGCGCACAUUCGUAUGGAAAUCGAAAUUUUUGGAAAAUGUGCUCCAAGGGGAGCAAUUUUAAAAGUUCGAAAAAUAUGUAUGGAGAUAAUGGCGACAUGUUUUCCAAUAACAUGUACUUUUAUGCAAAGAUCCUCUUGGAGGAAGAAGGUCGGAGAGAGUUGAACAAGCAGAAGUCCGCCCCCCCCUCUAAGAAGGCUGAGGGUACCAAAUCUCCCAGAUUCAAAGGGUUCAAGUCCAACUACUGGACCUUCAGGAGGAGCGCGAAGAACAAGCCCCGCGAGGAGGAAGCAACCCAUCAGGGGGACGAUCUCCACGCGAACCCCAACGGAAACGUGUGCCAGAGAGACAACAUGGCGAAGAUGACAAACUGCGUCCCGAUCAAGAAGAAGGACAAGAGCAGCCACGUCUUCAAGCUGAAUGACGACUGUCUGUUCUUGCACGAUGAGUAUGAGAAGCAAAAGAAGGGGAGGCUCAGAAAAACGCUAUCCCUAUCGUAUGGAAGAAGAAAAAAAUCACUGAGACCAGACAACUUCACGUUCUUAAAGGUAAUUGGCAGGGGAUCAUACGGAAAAGUGUUGCUUGUAAGGCAUACCCAAAACAACAAGUUGUACGCCAUGAAGAUACUCAGGAAGGAAAACAUAAUUUCACGAAAUCAACUGGAACAUACAAAAAUCGAAAGGAAUGUAUUAAAGUGUGUCUCCCAUCCGUUUAUUGUGAAAUUAUAUUACGCUUUUCAAACCACCAAAAAGUUAUAUUUCAUAUUGGAAUACUGUCCCGGGGGGGAGUUAUUCUUCCACUUAUCCAAAAUGAAAGAGCUUCCCGAAGAAGCGGCCAUCUUUUACAUAGCAGAAAUUAUCCUAGCUUUGGAAUAUUUACACAAGCUAAAUAUAAUUUAUAGGGAUGUGAAACCAGAAAAUGUGUUACUUGAUGAAAUGGGUCAUAUAAGGCUAACCGAUUUUGGCCUAUCCAAGGAAGGAAUUUCCGACAAUAACUCUGCCACAUCGUUGUGUGGCACGCCCGAAUAUUUAGCUCCAGAAAUUAUCGACCAAUGUGGACAUGGGAAAGCUGUGGACUGGUGGAGCCUGGGCAUCAUGCUCUACGAAAUGUUAACUGGAAGAUUACCGUUUAAUAGUUCCACUAGAGCUGACCUGUUCGAAAGAAUCAAACACGAAACGUUGAGGUACCCCCGCUUUCUGUCACCCGAUGCAGUGGAUUUGUUAAAGAAAUUAUUUGAAAAAGAUCCCAAAAAAAGAUUAGGAUCAGGAGCUACCGACGCAGAAGAAAUUAAGAAUCAUCCUUUUUUUAAAAAUAUCAACUGGACGGAUUUGCUCAACAAGAAGGUCACACCACCUUUUAAGCCCCCCCUGUUUGACCAAAUGGACGUUCAAAAUUUCGACAAGGAGUUUUUGUGCAUGCCACUAAGAUAUUCUGACAAGUUUGACAGUACCCCCCUUACCCUCAAGUCGCAGAAGAGCUACAUGAUCAAGGACUUCAACUACAGUUUGUAUGACUAG